AUGAGCCAUCAAAGAUACCCGUCACACGACCCCCUAAAGGAGCCUCACUCCGUCUCCUUGAAAGUCCUCAGACUAUCCCGCCCCUCCCUCGUAAUCCAACACCCGAUCCGGCCCCCGCUGACGCCCUCAACCCUCCCCGCCGACCCGACCCCGGCCUCCCUCGCCUACGACACAACCGCCUCAACGAACCCCUCCCCCUUCCUCCUCUCCCCGAUCCUCAACCUCCCGCUGAGCUUCGGCUCCGCCUACGUAGGCGAAACAUUCAGCUGCACCCUCUGCGCAAACCACGAUGUCCCCGAGCCCGUAGCAGCAGUCCCCGGGGGAGGAGGACCCCUCGGCGCCACCGGUGCACCAGCAGCAGCAUCGGCGGCCCCGGCAAAGCGCAAGAGCAUCCGUGACGUCCGCAUCGAAGCGGAAAUGAAGACCCCCGGCGCGAACUCGAUCCAGAAGCUCGACCUCUCCCCGCCAGACUCUGCGGAUACCGGCGGCGGCGGCGGCGACGAUGACCUCAAGGGAACGGACCUCGAGGCCGGCGACACCCUCCAGCGCAUCGUGAACUUUGAUCUCAAAGAGGAAGGCAACCACGUCCUCGCCGUGACGGUGAGCUACUACGAAGCCACCGAGACCUCGGGCAAGACGCGCACCUUUCGGAAGCUGUACCAGUUCAUCUGCAAGUCCUCGCUCAUCGUCCGCACGAAAAUCGGCCCGCUCGCUCCCGCUUCUUCCGGCAAGAAACAGGCCGGUGGUGGUGGGCAGCGGCGGUGGGUUAUGGAGGCCCAGCUGGAGAACUGCUCCGAGGACGUGAUCCAGCUCGAAAAGGUGGUGCUGGACCUGGCCGACGGGUUAGGCUACACGGACUGCAACUGGGAGGCGGGCGGGGGCGCGCGGCCGGUGCUGCACCCGGGCGAGGUCGAGCAAGUGUGCUUCGUGGUGGAGGAGGCCGAGGGGACGAGGGCGCAGCCGGGCGAGGACGGGAGGAUCAUGUUUGGGGUUCUCGGGAUCGGGUGGAGGGGCGAGAUGGGGAAUAGGGGGUUUCUUUCCACGGGUAAGCUGGGCACGCGGCACGUGGCGUGA